UUUCACAUUGUACUUUUGUUAUCACUUUGCGUACGCUGUAUCUCAGCUAUUCUCUCACACAACACUAUGAGUCGCAAGAGAGACAAACCCUACUUUUCCCGCCAAGCCGCCAAGCGCCGCCGCCCCCUGCCGGAACCCCCGGUGGAGGAUAUGCCCACGACGAGGCCUGCGCCGCCGUCCGCGGUGGUCGUCAUGGGCCUCUCUCUAGACUGCUCCGUCUUAGAUCUCAAGUCCCGAUUCGAGAUCUACGGCCCCAUCUCCCGCAUACGCAUCGACGGUGAUGCCGUCGGCUACGUCACCUACCGGAAUAAGGACUCCGCCGACGCUGCCAUCGCCGCCGGCCUCGACCCUCAUUUCGGAAUCACCGUUAACUCCAAAAAGGUUCAGGUGUUGUGGGCAACCGAUCCUUUAGCCAUGUGGAGGGAAGGAGUUGGUAAUAACAAGGAUAAAGGGUCAACGUCAAAGCUUGUGCGUGCUGAGGUACCAUUGAGCAGGCAUGGAAGAGGUCAUAGACUCGCUUCAGCUAUAGGGAAUACCAAAAGAAGUGAGGAUAGCUCAGGUAGCUCAGUUCUAGAAGUGCCUUUCAGGGGUAGAGAAAUUGUUGCUUAUGAUGAUAUCUUAAUUAAUGUUAACAGAACCGAACAGAGAGCAGCGAAGGUAGUGAUGGAAGAAGAUGAACAAUGGAAAAAAUCAGAGAAGGAAGAUGAUAAGGAUGAAUCACAACAACAACGACUAUGGAGUUGGGGUGCUGGAACCGAGGGGCAAUUAGGAACCAACAAGCUUCAGGACGACCACUUCCCUCAACUCCUUCACCAACCCUCUCUCUCCUCCAUCUCCUCCCUUGCAUGCGGCGGCGCUCACGUCAUCGCCUUGACCUCUGGUAUCUACCCCAUCUUUGUUUCUCACACUAAAAAUAUAAAAUAUCCUCAUGGGAAAGUACUGUCAUGGGGUAGGGGCAAUUCUGGCCAACUAGGCCAUGGGAAGGUUGUUAAUAACGCCUUGUAUCCCAAGACUGUAACAUCAUUGGACGGCUACAUCAUAACCCAUGUCUCUGCUGGUUGGAGCCACUCUGGUUUUGUUUCAGAUACUGGGUGCCUGUUCACUUGUGGGGAUGGCUCGUUUGGUCAACUUGGGCAUGGGGAUUAUGCCUCACAUUGUUCCCCUAUCAAAGUGUCAUGCUUUGUUAAUCAGCAUGUUGCACAGGUUGCAUGUGGCAUGCGCCAUUCCCUUGUCUUGUUAAAAGAUUGUCCAUUAAAUCAAGUUUAUGGAUUUGGCUCCGGGAAGCGUGGUCAACUGGGUGUCUCCAAAGAUAGGAUCAAAUCUAUUAAUCUUCCUAAAGUUGUUAGUGGUUUUGAAGAUGUGGAAAUAGUUGAAAUUGCUGCAAAUGGAGAUCAUAGUGCUGCAGUAUCUGUGGAUGGGCAUCUUUACACCUGGGGAAGAGGCUUCAAGGGCUUUGAAGAUGCUCACUUUCCUCAAUGCUUAAACACUACAUUGAAUUUUACCAAAGCCACUCUGGGAUGGAACCAUGCUUUAGCUAUGACUGGUGAGGGGGAGGUUUAUAUGGUUGGCGGCAACCACCUUGGAGUGCUUAGUGAUCUUCAGAAUAUGAGCCCACCAAAGCAGUUAGCUGAGUUAAGAGAAGCCAGAUUGGAGAAAGUCCCUGGCCUUGAUGAGACGAAGAUUGCUGAUAUUGCUACUGGAGCUGAGCAUUCCGUUCUGGUCACAGAGAACGGAGAACUAAAGACAUGGGGUUGGGGUGAGCAUGGUCAACUUGGCCUAGGGGAUACUUGUGACCGAAUCAGUCCUGUUACAGUAAAUCUCGGUUGUGAUCUGAAUGAAGCUACAUCAAUCAGAGUUUACUGUGGAAGUGGGUUCACGUUUGCUUUAUCCAUGCCCUAGAUUCUUCUCAAACUGGAUAACACCCUAACUUGACAUGCAUGCCAAAAGAAGUUUUGUUAUUAUCUAGGUACUUUCAGUGGCAGUGUAUAAAAUGAUAUUUAUCAAGAAGUCUUCUGCUUCUCAAGUGCUAUUUUGGAUUCAGGCUGCAUUGCACUGGAAGGAGGAAGGAGAAGGAACGUGAACAUGGAUAUGGUUAGCUUCUCAAUCUAACAAACUAAUGGAGGAAAGCAAUUCAAGUCUUGCCAAUUUAUGGAUUAUUAUUGAGAGUGUAGGCUGGAGGCGGCAAUGAUCAUCAGUAGCCUUCAGAGGCAUGUUUCACAGAACAUGGCUAUGAGAUUCCUCACUGGACUUCAACCCGUCAAUUUAAGCGUGUAGCCACUCACCAUAUCAUUUUCCUUGUAACUCGGAUUUUUUAGAAGUUUUUUUUUUCCUUAAAAAAGGUAACUUUUGGAGAAAGAAAAAACUCAUCCAAUCAGGCUCUUAGUCCAUUUAAUACUGUCUUUCUUCCGAGAGAG